GUAAAACUGAAACUGCACGUACCACGUAACGUAUGUAUUUGAAUAACUUUCCAUCCAUCCGAUUUAUUCAUCUUCUCAUGUAAACAACAUUGAAGUGAUGGUGUAUUUAUGAACCCAACCCUCAACCGAAUUAAGAAUUGACAAUUUUUAAUUGAGAAUAUUUGGAAGCUGAUCAGUCCAUUCGAAAAAUUCAACCAAUCAACUUCUCAGAUUCUCGAUUUAAUCAUUGCUAAUUCUUAAUCUAGUUGAGUUAAUACAUUUUGGAACUUGAUGAAUGUCAAAGUUUUAACAUGUCACAAAAAGUAAAUCUCUACCUCAAUACGAAGCAAUAUAGGUUCAACAUGCAUCAACUACCGAUUCUUCUAGCUACUAUCGCUUGCGUCUUCGCUGGAACUCCACUCCAGCAACUAGCCAGUGGAAACCAACGUGACUCAGCCAAUUUGUACAGGGGGGUAGCAAGAGCUUCGACAGGCAACCUGAUAUUCUGCCCAGUGUCUGCCGAGAUCGUGCUAUCGCUGUUAACGGAAGGAGCUGCUGGUCCUACAAAAACCGAACUGAUCGAAGGCCUAAGCCUUCCACCAAACGACGCAGACAGAAGAUCAGCCUUCUCUGAACUCACUGCCGAACUCAACCAGAACAGCUCUUCCAAAUUGCUCUCAGCCAACAGGAUUUUCAUCGCCCCUGCCUUUCAGAUUGAGCGCAGCUUCGAAGACAUCGCUGUUAGUGACUAUCGAGCCGGUAUUGAGAACAUAAACUUUGCUGAUUCUUCAGCUGCUGCCCAUACCAUCAACCAAUGGGUCGAAGACCACACGAAUAACAGGAUCCAGAACUUGAUAAGCCCAGACUCUUUGAGCGGUGCUACCAGGAUGAUUUUAGUGAACACCCUGUACCUGAAGGGCAACUGGGCGAGGCAGUUCAAGGCUUACUUGACUCAACCAGGUCCAUUUUUUACCUCUGCGGAGAAUAGUACGUCAGUUGAUAUGAUGCAUGCUCAGGAGACUUACAGGUAUAAGCACUGUAACAGUCUGAAAGCUAAGUUUUUGAAGAUGGAUUUCGAAGAUCGAAGAAUCAGUAUGACUUUCGUUUUGCCUGAUGCUAAAGAUGGUCUUGGGGCUUUGGAGAAUAGAUUGGAAGAUGUUCUAGCUGUGAACGUGACUGACAAUCAGAGAGUUUCUGUAACUCUGCCAAGGUUCAGUAUUCAAUCUUCUAUGGAUUUGAAGCCAAUAUUACAACAGAAUGGAAUAAGGAGGGUUUUUGAUCCGUCCCAAGCAAAUUUGACUGGAAUUUCAAGCAGUGAAGGGUUGUAUGUAGACUUUGUGGUUCAGAAAGCUUGGAUCAAUGUAACUGAAACUGGAGUGGAAGCUGCAGCAGCUACUGCAGUUGGAGCUUCACGGAAUUUAUUCACACCUCCGCCGAAUUUGAUGUUCAUUGCAGAUCAUCCUUUCAUUUUUUUCAUCAGACAUGCUUCGUCAAAUGUCCUGCUUUUCUUGGGAAGAUAUAGUAAUUUAUAAAAUAAAUGUCCUGAGGUAUGUGUACGCUAUAUACAAAUUUUGCAUUGUUAUACCUAGCAGUUUUUAAUAAUAAAUUUC